CUAAGUAUUAAAUUGCUCUUGAGGGGAUUCUGGUAUUUUAUUGAUAACAUGUUGAAGCAAACGGGAGGUUCUCCUUCACAGUGAUUCUGAACUUAUCUGGAGGAUAAUAUAUGUUAGAUUCAACUUGACCUCGCCUGAGUUUUUGUGGAUCCUGUUUCAUGCGGUGCAGAGACGGCGCCAGAGGCAAAUAAUGGAUCUAGCCAUGGUUGAAGAUAACUUUGAUUGGCAUUCUCUUUGCGUGUGUCAAGAGUUCAAACCAAAACGUGCAGCAAUCUGUCUUUCACGCAAGAGCGAUAACUUGCCGAAUUUAUCAAAGUCCACCACGAUUUUUAAAGAUAACUAGUUUUUUUCGUACUUUUCAUCGACGCAAAACGGGUAAGAACCUUGGCAAACGGUUGCGCGUACUCUUCUAAGAGGCAAGGUUCAACCUUCUUCUUGAGCUGAAAAUGUCCAUGAAACCGGCGCCACCUGAUCGUUUGUUGAGACGAUGCAACAGCGAGCCACCACUCAGCUCUCGUUUUGCACUUGCACUCGAAACAAGAAGACACGGGGGGAGCUCCUGUUCUUUUCCUGAGAAUGCAACAAGUACUAAGUCUAAGCUUAUUCAUAGCAACACUAAACGAGACAGGAACAACAACCUUUCGGCACCAAUGCUACCGAAAUUGUACGAGAAACCCCCGACAAAUCGCUUGAAGAAAACAGGCGGUCAUCAUAAAGUGGAUAAGCACUCGGGGACUUUACUACCGUCGUUUACUUCGCUGGAAAAACACAAUAUUGUGACUCCAAGACAGCGCGGGAUUCAGGCAAAUAAGUUUCACCUGAGAAGUCGGUAUAUGAUCGAUCAAACUUUUACUCAGCAAUCUGACUCUGUCGAGGAGAAUUGUAGCCCGUUGAGACAAAAGGUCAGAGAGAUUGUGGGCUCGAAAGGUACGCAAAUUAAUGGCAAUCCCGACAAGCAAUUAGCCUGUAACUUAGUUUUACACCCGCCGUCUAGUGGCCCCCGAAGACUCUCUGUUAUAACAGAAAAAUCAUCAUAUUCUAAGAAUUCAAAAACAGCGAUUUUUGACCUUGAAGACUAUGACUUCGAGGUGAAAGCUACGGGAACACCGGAGCUACCUUCAGUAGACACAGAUUCGACAACACAAAAACCUCUCUUUACGAAAAAGAACUCUCAGAAGUUACAAGAACAUGUGAUCAAGACAGAUAAACAAUAUAAUCCCGUUGAGAGCAAGGCGGUAUUGUUGUGUAAUUGGUUAAAGUCGUUACAGGCGGAAUGAUAGUUUAUAGUAUCAGUAAUCAGAUGUCGCAUGUCAGAAUCGCGUGUGUAUUUAAGAGUGGCGUGAUCGGUUUGCACACGAAUAUUUAAAGAAUAAAAGCAGACUCGAUGCCUUUCAGUACGGUGUUACACUGAUAGAGAAGGGGCCUGUUUUUGUGUAAAACCAUCAAAUAGCUGCAUUCCAAGUUGACAUUGAUGGAUGUUAAUAAACGCAGUGUGACAUUUAUGAUUUGCAAACAAUGUGUACUAUAAUGGAUCCAUGACUAUUAAAGACAACAUCAAAUGAAUUAUUUUAAAAAUGUUCUCUAUGUGCAAACUUGUUUCUUUAUUAAAAGCCCCCAUUGCAGUAUA